CCGGCCCGGCCCGGCAUGGCGGGUCGCGGGGCAGCCAGAACUCGCGCUCGGAGGAAGUGUGGCUGAGGUUUCCUGCACGGCUCGGGUCUUUUAGAAGAGCUAAUCCCAUAUGAAGAUGGGCCUACUGGUGUUUAUGCGUAACCUGCUACUAGCCCUCUGUCUCUUUCUGGUGUUGGGAUUUCUCUAUUAUUCAGCUUGGAAACUGCAUCUUCUCCGAUGGGAGGAUUCAAAUUCAGUGGUUCUUUCCUCUGACUCCGUUGGACAUUCAAUAGGCUCAGAAUAUGACAAAUUGGGCUUUCUUCUGAAGUUGGACUCCAAAUUGCCUCCAGAGCUAGCCUCAAAGUAUGCUAACAUAUCAGAGGGAGUCUGCAAACCAGGAUAUGCUUCUGCUCUCAUGACUGCCAUCUUCCCAAAGUUCUCCAGGCCAGCACCAAUGUUCUUGGAUGAUUCCUUCAGAAAAUGGGCACGUAUUCGGGACUUUGUGCCUCCCUUUGGCAUCAAAGGACAAGAUAAUUUGAUCAAAGCCAUCCUGUCAGUAACCAAAGACUACCGCCUUACUCCAGCCCUUGACAGUCUCAGUUGCCGGCGAUGUAUCAUUGUAGGGAAUGGUGGCAUUCUAGCAAACAAAUCAUUGGGGUUGAAAAUUGAUGACUAUGACAUUGUUAUCAGGCUUAACUCUGCUCCAGUAAAAGGUUUUGAAAAGGAUGUGGGUGGCAAGACAACCCUGCGGAUAACAUACCCAGAAGGGGCCAUCCAGAAACCUGAACAAUAUGAAAAGGAUUCUCUCUUUGUACUAGCAGGGUUCAAGUGGCAAGAUUUCAAGUGGCUGAAGUAUAUUGUUUACAAGGAAAAAGUGAGUGCCUCUGAUGGCUUUUGGAAGUCUGUGGCAACCCGUGUUCCAAGAGAGCCUCAUGAGAUCCGCAUCCUGAAUCCAUAUUUCAUCCAGGAAGCAGCUUUCAGCUUUAUUGGCCUUCCUUUCAACAAUGGACUGAUGGGCAGAGGGAACAUUCCUACUCUGGGAAGUGUAGCAAUAACCAUGGUGCUCCAUAAUUGCGAUGAGGUAGCGGUGGCUGGAUUUGGUUAUGACAUGAACUCUCCAAACGCACCAUUACAUUACUAUGAGAACAUCAAGAUGUCUGCCAUUAAAGAGUCCUGGACGCACAACAUCCAACGGGAGAAGGAGUUCCUACGAAAAUUGGUGAAAGCUCGAGUAAUCACAGACCUCACCAGCGGAAUCUGAGGAGGCACAGCUACUGUGCCAAAGGGCACAGCCACACACACAGAGAUGAGGACAAGGGCAGUAAGAGGUCCCUGGCAAGAAUCCCAGCUUCUCAGAGACACACAAUGCCCUUGGCAAGUCUCCUUGGCUUGCUGUGUCCGACUGCAUCAGGGCUGCUAGGGGAGUGAUGGUUAUUGACCGGAGGGGGCAGCCCCACCCUUGGAACUGCAGGUGAAUCAUGUUUGAAAUGGAGCAUCAUUAGAGAGAACAAAAAUAGGCCAGUGAAACAAAAUAAAUUGUGCCAAAUGGGAACAGGAGCCAGGUCAGAGGCAGCAGUGCUUGAAUGUACAAUGUAUUGUUUUUUACAAAGAAGUUCUUGAGAAUCAUGCUAAACAUAGCAAGGUGCAAAAUGGAGCCUGGCUCGUAGUCAUGCGCCAUAGGACACCUGAACUGCCUCUGUGCCAUCUGCGGCCUUUCACAGGGCCUAAGUCUGUCCAAAACAUGUCUGCCGUUGGUGCUGCUAUAAAUUAAAGAGACUGUAGCCUCUCUUUGCCAUAGAUGGAUCGAAUUGAGAGGCAUGUUGGAUCUUCAGACUCCUUGCUUCUUGUUGGGCAGCCACUGCUGCCGACAUUUCACCUGGCUGAAUUUUCAGCCAUUGUUCAUAUAGAACCCAUCUCAUUUGUGUUAGGGAGAUCUCUAUUUAUCUGUUUGGUUGGCCACACACCCUGCUGAGAGAGACCCUAAUCUUUGUUUUCUGUGGCAUCUACAUCACGGUUUUGAAUAAUUAUGUACUUUGUUUUUGUUUGGGACAGAAAUUUAUUUUUGGAUCCAAUCAGCAAUUGUCUCAAGACAGAAAGACUCAUCAGUGUUUAGCAACUAAUGGUGCCAUAAUUUUUUUUCAUUCACUUUACAGCAGUCUACUUUCAAGUAACAAUUGCGUAUUUAAGCUCCUAUUGAAACACGGUAGAUAAUACCUGGCUAUCAACUACUUUAUUUGUUAGCCUGUGUACAUCAGGUGACUUUUCUCAGUCAGUUUCUGAAUCCUUCUGCUUCCUUUUUAAGAAGGCAGAAGUGUAUUUGUUGCUCUGCUGCCAUAAGACUGAGAAUGCAGUAUUUGCACGAGUGUGUUCCAUUUGUGUUGGGAAAGUUAAGAAAUAUAUUGUGCAAAGUGACCAAAUUGUGAGGGUGGAAUGACAGUGCAUGUCUGGGGAUUUGUGCACACAAGAGGCAUUCUUGGGGGCUGUUAUUGCCCCCUCCCAUCCUAAAAUAUGAAUGUGUUUUGCAUCACUGUAAGGUCCAACAUUAUGUUUAUGUUUAACAGUUGGUUUUUCUUUGAGUUGAAAGGCUGUGAGAGUCUGGACAAUUCAACACUACAUUCUUCAUACAAGCACAGCUGAAAAAUGCUCAUCAUGUAUAACACGAGGCCAUUCUUUGGUAUGAAUAUGUCUGUUGCCUGCUGAGUGCCCCAGAUUAUGUUAAGAUAUUAUUGAGGACACUGGUUACUAUGUGGAAAGGUUAUGGAAUAUGUCCUGAACUAGUUGCACUAGAGGUCUUGGAGCCCUGAACUCCCUGGGCUGUCUGUUCCUCUGCUGACCCUGUGCAGGGGUACCAUUCAAGGCUGCGUAAGAAGAGUCAAGAAUGCUGGUAUUUUCUCCUUUUACAGAACCCAGAACUACAAGACAGAAUAUUCUGAAUGGGGUUUGAGAUAAACCAUGCCUCCCUAGUGUGCAAGUUUCCUUACAUGUGCAUUGAGUGGGUGGGUUUUCAUAGGGCAGAGGGACUGCCCUGUUUGUUGGCUAUCAUGGGCAUUGGCAGCUCCUAACCCACAAAGAGCAAAAAGCUGUGAUGUGGGGUACUUGUAGGUCAUCUGCCUCUUUAAUUUGUUGUAUGAAUUUGGUCCAAAGCGCUUUAAUUCCAUUCCAGUCCCUUAUUCAUAGACUAUGUUAUCCAGAAAUUAGUUUUCUUACAUGGCACUUCUUGGAAGAGAACAACAUAGCAGCAAGGUGGCUGUAGAAGCAGGAACUGCUGCACAGACCUCAGAAAUAAUUAGCUGUAUGGAAGGAGCUAACUGCGGCAUCCAUGGGGUGUAUGCAUAUGUCUGUGUACCAGUUAUGCAUUCUUCAUGUGCAUAUCUGAGAGAGAUGUUUGUUCCAGUCAGAAAGUAGUCAUGGAUAAAACUGUCAGCAUAGCUCCAAGACCAGCAUUUCUCAAACUGAGGGUACACUACUGCAAUCCUAUGCAGUUACUCCAGUCUAAUCCUAUUGAAAUGAAAGGGCUCAGGCUUGAGUAACUCUACAUGGAGCUGUACUCCACAAGCCCUUCUCGUGAGAUUCUCCACCUCAAGGGAUGAAAUCUGCUUCUCCUGUUUUUUUGAAGGCUGGGAUCUUAUUGGUACUUGACACUGGUAACCAAUAAGGAAGUUUCUUACAUUCUCCACUGCAAAGUACUUUCCAGCCAAAGGGUGAGCUUGAUUAAAACUUGGGAAAUGGCCUUUUGAAUUGUAGCCCUGAAGAAUGGGUCGUUCAUGUACACGCAACAAAAACAUGUUUGUUUUCAUCUUCUUUAAAGUGUAGCUGAUAAGAGCCUCGUUGUUUUUUUAUGUUUUUGAGGCUGAAAGAGGAUGGAAGCCUCCACAGGGCAUACAUGAUUCUGCACACAUUUCUAGAUUAAAGAAAGAUCUCGUUCCUAUGUCAGCAGGAGAUCUCCGGUAGGUAAUGGUCCACUCUUGGUAGAAACUGAGAGAUGUAUGAGAGAAGAAGGUCAACACAUACCAGGAAUAGGCAGAGAAGGGAAAGUGACUAAACUCAACAUUGGGCACAGUGAUUAUCUUUACAGGGCAAGGGGAAGGAAUUGUGUGGGAGUUACUUCAAUGUAUCCCUCCAGCUCAUUCAGUCUCUGCAAGAUUUCCUGUGCCAUGCUUGGCAUUUGCUAAGAUCCCAUCUUUCCACGCUAUAGGUGUAAAGAAUGGGAGCCUCAUAGAUAGGCGUAGUGUAGUUGCACAGAGGAAGUAGUGCUGCAGGUGCAGGUGCCAUCCACAUCAUGCCAUCUGUUUUUCUUUGGUUACUGCCACUUUCUACAUGGAAGCAAAAGAAAUUCUUGUGCAAUUAGUUACCUUUGAAGCAGCUCAUGGAUUUUGGAUUGAAAAUUUUGUAAGAUAAUCACAUUUUCUCAGAAGUCAGUGUUUCACAUAAAACUUUCAUUUUUACCCCUACAUCUAGAUAGAUCAAGGUGGGUAGCUGUGUUAG